AUGCAUUUUGAAAACAACUCAGAAGGUGGCAAGAAGGCAGAGCCUGGAGAAUCAAAGCAAAAAGCAAACCAGCAGUUUUCUCACAAAGUACAUAUUGAAAUACUGUGUGAAGUAAAGAAAAUUCUCUUACAGCAAGAAUUUAUCCAACUGCAGCAGACUUCCCUGACUUUUCCUAAAGGAGAGAAAAAUGUAGAGGCAGAUGAGGUGCUGUGGCCUGUAUAUGUGGAAUUAACUAAUGGAAAAAUUUAUGGAUGCAAUUUCAUUGUCAGUGCAACUGGAGUUGUGCCAAAUGUUGAACCAUUUCUUGAUGGCAAUAAUUUUGCUGUGGGAGAGGAUGGAGGACUGAAGGUGGACAAGCACAUGCACACGUCACUGCCAGAUGUGUUUGCAGCUGGAGAUAUCUGCACAGCAGCCUGGGAGCCCAGCCCUGUGUGGCACCAGAUGAGGCUGUGGACCCAGGCUCGGCAGAUGGGAUGGUAUGCAGCAAAGUGCAUGGCAGCAGAAGCUUUAGGGGAGUCUAUUGAUAUGGAUUUCAGCUUUGAACUAUUUGCUCACAUUACAAAAUUUUUCAAUUACAAGGUGGUGGUUUUGGGGAAGUACAACGCUCAGGGCCUGGGCUUAGAGCACGAGCUGAUGCUGAGGUGUACCAAGGGCCACGAGUACAUCAAAGUGGUGAUGCAGAACGGCCGAAUGAUGGGAGCUGUGCUCAUCGGUGAAACGGACUUGGAAGAAACCUUUGAAAACUUAAUUUUAAAUCAAAUGGAUCUUUCAGCCUAUGGUGAAGAUCUCCUAAAUCCAGAUAUUGAUAUAGAAGAUUAUUUUGAUUGAACAAUACCCCAUUCCCAUUUUGUAUGAAGCUUUGAGAGCAAGUCAUAGAUCUUAGAAAACCGUUUUCUCAGGACUGGGGAUAAAUGCAAUCCUCAAUUAAGAUUUUGGGUUGAUCUUGCUAAAAUACUGACUGGUUACUGCCACAGGUACCAGCUAAUGGUGCAAUCUCUGUCAUGCUGGCUCAUAUGAACAGAGAACAGUUUCAGGGCACAGGGUGCUCAGAGCUCUUGCUACCUGGAAUGCAGGUUGCAAAGACAUGGCCUUACUCCAUUUUUUUUUCCUUUUCCCCUAUAAGUUUAAUUCUGAAAUAAAUGUAUUUUCUACUCAGUUAAGUACAGAACACAGGCUUUGCACAAUGAAAGCCAGGAUGAGAUGUCAGUUGAGAGCAGCCUUUGAACUGGUUGUCCCUUCAGCUGUCCAGGUGUUGGGGUGGAGCUGCACUGUACUGGAUAGUGCCAGCCCUGGACAGCAGUUGUUUCAUCCUGGCUUUUGAUUUUGUUCUACAGUUGCUGCCUGAGAGUUCCUAUUUAUUUUGGAUCAAAUUUGGGACAAUUUAUUGUACUCAAUACAAAGCUGGCAGUACAUAUUGGGACUUGUCCCAGACAAAUAAUUUAAUUUUUUUAGAAGAAUGACUGUUUUUAACUAAAUUUUCAGGUUUUGGUGAAGUUCUCAGCUAAAGGAUGGGUGAAGGAGUAUAGGCUUUAUUCAGUGUCACAAUUUUACCAGAAAAAUAAAGAUGAAGAGCAUGUUCUUAAUGAUAUUAUUUUUAUAUUUGUUAUAAGUAUAAGGGAGAAGAACUAAAAUGCAACCACCCAGAACUUGCACUUAUUAAUGAAACUGAACAUGCCUUUCUGAUCUUUUAACAUCUUAGCAGUCAAAGUAAGAAAACAAAAUUGAAUCUAGCAGUCAGCAUAUGUGCCGUUGAAUGCUUGCAGUAGCUGUUGAGUGUUUCCUAGGCUGGCAGGUUGUCUUGUUUGUAAACUUCAGUUGAGGUACCUUCUGCCAAGCACAGAAGUCAUAAAUUUCUAUUUGAAUAACAACGUAGAGAAGUCCAAUUUGAAGAGCAACAGACAUAUUUCUAAGGGAUAAAUACACAUAAAUACAUACAGUAUGUCACUCCCACGUGCCACAGUGGGUGUAGGGACACAUGUCCCUACUCAGAACUGCAGAGGUGGCAGUGCCCACGUGGGCUGGAACAGCCAGCCCUGGCACAGCAGCAGCUCUGAGCCAGCCAGGGC